AUGAACCCGAACCCUCUGUCCGAUCGCGAAAAGGCAUUAGAGGACCAAUGGAUAAAGCAGAAAGAGUGUGUUUCCCGCGGGUUACUAACACAACGCAGAAAGCAAAUGGCAAAAGAUGCGGCCGCAAAGAAACAGGAAGCGGCCAAGCAAACGACUCAGGGUCAAGACCAAGCGGGACAGAAGUAA